CAUGUUUUGUCCACAGAAACAAACAGGAGAGAUCAGAGUCAGAGAUUCUCAGUGGUCAGUCUUCCCAGAGUCAUCAAACAGACCUGGCCUCCAUAUUCAGUUUGAUUGAAAAGAAAAUGAUGACAUUUGUGAAGAACGAGCUAAAGAUGUUCAAGAGGAUUCUUAGUGCAGAACUCCCAGAAGGCUUUGAGAGUCAGAUUCAGGAUGAGGAAGUGGUGGACCCUGAAGAUGAGAAGCAGGAGAGCAGUGCCAGAGAGGGGGCUCUGAAGAUCACACUGCACAUCCUGAGGAAAAUGAACCAGAAGGAGCUUGCUGACACACUGGAGAAAUAUGAGCUCGCUGUGAUUUGCCAACGUGAACUCAAAUCUAAUCUAAAGAAGAAGUUUCAAUGUGUAUUUGAGGGGAUCGCUAAACAAGGAAACCCAACACUUCUCAAUAAGAUCUACACAGAGCUCUACAUCACAGAGGGUGGAACAGGAGAGGUCAAUAAUGAACAUGAGCUGAGACAGAUUGAGACAACAACCAGGAAACAAGCAAGAUCAGAGACUGCAAUCAAAUGUAAUGACAUCUUCAAACCCUUAACUGGACAAGACAAACCUAUCAGAACUGUGCUGACAAAGGGAGUCGCUGGCAUUGGAAAAACAGUCUCUGUACAGAAGUUCAUUCUGGACUGGGCUGAAGGAAAAGCAAACCAGGAUGUCCAAUUUGUAUUUUCAUUCCCUUUUCGGGAGCUGAAUUUGAUGAAAGAGGACAACCACACUUUCAUUGAACUUCUUAAUCACUUCUCAAUGGAAAACAAACAAUCAGGAAUCUCCAGCUACAACAAGUACAAAGUUCUGUUCAUCUUUGAUGGUCUGGAUGAGUGCCGACUGCCCCUAGACUUCCAGAAGAACAAGAUCUGUUGGGACGUCACAGAUUCAACCUCAGUGGAUGUUCUGCUGACAAAUCUCAUCAGGGGAAAUCUGCUUCCCUCUGCUCUCCUCUGGAUAACUACCCGACCUGCAGCAGCCAAUAAGAUCCCUUCAUGGUGUGUUGACCAGGUGACAGAGGUACGAGGGUUCAAUGACCCACAGAAGGAGGAGUACUUCAGGAAGAGAUUCAGUGAUGAGGACCUGGCCAGCAGAAUCAUCUCACACAUAAAGACAUCAAGGAGCCUCCACAUCAUGUGCCACAUUCCAGUGUUCUGUUGGAUUUCUGCUAUAGUCCUUGAACACAUGCUAAAACACAAGAGAGAAGAGAUGCCCAAGACUCUGACUGAGAUGUACACACACCUUGUGGUGUUUCAUACCAAACAGAAGAAUGAAAAGUAUCUUGGGAAAGAAGAGACAGGUCCACACUGGAAUAAAGAGAGCAUUCUGUCACUGGGAAAACUGGCUUUUCAACAGCUUAAGAAGGGCAAUCUGAUUUUCUAUGAAGAAGACCUGAAAGAGGCUGGCAUUGAUGUUAAUGAAGCCUCAGUGUACUCAGGAUUGUGCACACAGCUCUUUAAAGAGGAACGUGGGCUGUACCAGGACAAGGUGUACUGCUUUGUUCAUCUGAGCAUUCAGGAGUUUCUGGCUGCUGUAUAUGUGUUCCUCUCACUCAUCAACAACAAUGAGAAUGUAAUGGAAAAACUGCAAGCAAAGUCCAGUAUCUUUUCUCUGCUGUUCAAUGACAAUCCUGAAUUUACUCUCUACAGGAGUGCUGUGGAUAAAGCCUUACAAAGUGAGACGGGAAACCUGGACCUUUUCCUCCGCUUCCUUCUGGGCCUCUCAAUGGAGUCCAAUCAGAAGCACUUACGAGGUCUACUGACAAAGACAAGAAGCAGCUCACAGAGCCAUGAAGAAACAGUCAAGUACAUCAAGGAGAAGAUCAGGGAGAAUCUCUCUCCAGAGAGGAGCAUCAAUCUGUUCCACUGUCUGAAUGAACUAAAUGACCAUUCUCUAGUGGAGGAGAUCCAAAGCUACCUGAGCUCAGGAAGUCUCUCAGAACCCAACCUGUCACCUGGACAGUGGUCAGCUCUGGUCUUUGUGUUGCUGACUUCAGAAAAGAAGCUGGAUGUGUUUGACCUGAAGAAAUACUCCAGAUCAGAGGAAGGUCUUCUGAGGCUGCUGCCAGUGGUCAAAGCCUCCAGAGCUGCUCUGCUGUCAGGCUGUGGAGUCACAGAGGAAGGCUGUGCUUCUCUGGUCUCAGCUCUGAGGUCAAACCCCUCACACCUGAGAGAGCUGGACCUGAGUAACAAUGACCUGAAGGAUUCAGGAGUGAAGCUGCUCUCUGCUGGACUGGGGAAUCCCCACUGUAAACUGGAGACUCUGAGGCUGUCACGCUGUCUAGUCACAGAGGAAGGCUGUGCCUCUCUGGUCUCAGCUCUGAGGUCAAACCCCUCACACCUGACAGAGCUGGACCUGAGCUACAAUCACCCAGGAGACUCAGGAGUCAGACUGCUCUCUGCUGGACUGGAGGAUCCACACUGCAGACUGGAGAAACUCAAUGUGGAACAUGGUGGAGAGUACACAAUGAAACCUGGGCUUAGAAAAUAUGCCUGUGAUCUCACACUGGACCCAAACACAGUAAACAGACUCCUCUCUCUGUCUGAGGAGAACAGAAAGGUGACACGUAGGAGAGAGAAGCAGCCGUAUCCUGAUCACCCAGAGAGAUUUGAGGACUGGUACCAGGUGCUGUGUAGAGAGGGUCUGACUGGGCGCUGUUACUGGAAGGUAGAGAGGAGUGGGAGUGGGGCUGAUAUAGGAGUGACAUAUAAGAAAAGCAACAGGAGAGGAGAGGAUGAUGACAGUAGGAUUGGAUACAAUGACAAGUCCUGGAGUCUGUUCUGCUCUGACAACAGUUACACUGCCAGGCACAAUAAUAUUCACAUAGACGUCCCCUCCUCCAGCUCCCACAGAGUAGGGGUGUAUCUGGACUGGCCAACCGGCACUCUGUCCUUCUACAGAGUCUCCUCUGACACACUGACCCACCUGUACACAUUCACCUCCACAUUCACUGAGCCCCUCUAUCCAGGGUUUAGGGUUUGGUAUGAUGACUCCUCAGUGUCCUUGUGUCAGGUGGUCCCUGUGUCAAACACAAAAUGAUGUUUCACUCUAAUCAUGGUCAUGUUCAAUAAGUAUCAAGGCACAAGGCAAGACCCAAAUGCGGACACAGGAGGCAGAUGGUUGGAGUCUUACAAUGUUAAUUAAUCGAAAGGGUCGUGGACAGGCAAAAAGGUCAAAACCAUUAGGUGCAGAGUGGCAGACAGGCUUGUGGUCAAGGCAGGCAGAAUGGUCAGGCAGGAGGGUACAGAGUCCAGAAACAGGCAAGGGUCAAAACCAGGAGGACUAGAAAAAGGAGAAUGCAAAAAGCAGGAGAACGGGAAAACCUCUGGUUGACUUGAAAACAUACAAGACGAACUGGCACAGAGAGACAGGAAACACAGGGAUAUAUACACCAGGGAAACACAGGGAUAAAUACACUGUCCCAGAGAGACAGGCAACACAGGGAUAAAUACACUGGUACAGAGAGACAGGAAACACAGGGAUAAAUACACCAGGGAAACACAGGGAUAAAUACACUGGUACAGAGAGACAGGAAACACAGGGAUAAAUACACUGGCACAGAGAGACAGGAAACACAGGGAUACAUACACUGGCACAGAGAGACAGGAAACACAGGGAUAAAUCCACCAGGGAAACACAGGGAUAAAUACACUGUCCCAGAGAGACAGGCAACACAGGGAUAAAUACACUGGUACAGAGAGACAGGAAACACAGGGAUAAAUACACCAGGGAAACACAGGGAUAAAUACACCAGGGAAACAGGGAUAAAUACACUGGUACAGAGAGACAGGAAACACAGGGAUAAAUACACUGGUACAGAGAGACAGGAAACACAGGGAUAAAUACACUGGCACAGAGAGACAGGAAACACAGGGAUAAAUACACUGGCACAGAGAGACAGGAAACACAGGGAUAAAUACACUGGCACAGAAA